AUGAAAAGAAGUCAAGAAGUGAUAACUAAAAACCAUAAUCAAGAAGAAAUAAAUGUUCUUCGGUGUUGGAAAUGUAGAAAAUGUAUAGCAAGUUCUGGUUGUUUCAUGAAGUAUCUCGAGAAUCAAGUAAUUAAGGAUAGAUAUGAUUCAGCUGAUGAUAAAAAUACUUGUCAUGUGUGGCACAUGAACACAGAAGCCCUUCCAGAAUGGAUAAGCCACGUAAUACAAAAAGCCCAGUGGACAGUUGGAAAAUUGAACUGCCCCUUUUGUGGGGCCCGUUUAGGGGGCUUUAAUUUUGUCAGCGCUCCAAAAUGUUCCUGUGGCCAGCGUACAGCUGUACAUCUCUCCAAGAGCCGGGCCGAUUAUCAGCCAGCACAGGCAGGCCGACUGACGAGACCGUCGCUGAGAUCCGUGUCACAUGCCAGAGUGCAGUCAGGUUGUGAUGCGGAAACUCUGCUGACAGGUGGCGCCUUCAAAACCAGAAAUCACAGGCUUUUAAACAUGGCUCAAAACGAUAACGGUCCCGGAAGACUGACAGAGGCACUCUGCCUGGAGGUCCGGUCUCAGAAGGAAAAACUGCUCUGCAAAGCAGGCGAUUCGAAAUACCAGCUUUUUGUUCCCCAGCCUGUGCCGGGCAGGUCCCGCAGAAGGGCUUCCCACAGGAAAUCCCACAGCUGGGAUCUGAACACCCGUGAGGAGCUGACUUUGGUGCCCACACCAUACGAAAUACACAGUGAGACCACGGCCUGCCCCAGACCAAGUGAGACACAGCCUCGCGGCCUUGCGAAUUUGCCUCUAGAAGCUGAUACAAAUAGGUGUUCCUUUCAGAUGUCAUCAAGUUUUGAUGCUGACAUGCGGCUGCAAAGAUUUUCAGUGGGUCCCCGUGAGAACCAGGCACAGAGAGGAGGAGGACUCCGGUGUGGUCUAGAAGCUUCCGCAGUGUACUCUGACCACGCUAAUUCCGACAGCCUGGCGUUGCUGGUGGACCUGCCGCCAGCUGGCCGCAGUGCGCCCGAGGCCCCGGGCCGGGAAGGCCGGCCCUCUCCCCUGGGCCUCCUGCGCUCCGGCGGCUGUUCAUUGGGUGCCGUUAAUCAGAGGCUCAGCAAGAGAGAAAGGAGCAAGUUGAAGAAUCUGAGAAGAAAACAACAAAGGCACGAAAGAUGGUUGCAGAAGCAGGGUAAAUACCCAGGAGUGGGAUUGCUGAAUCAUAUGACUUUGACUAAUGACAUGAAUACAGAUGAUGAAAAUGAAUAUGUAGAAGAAAAGGAAAGCUACAUCUGUGCAGUGUGUCUGGAUGUUUAUUUCAACCCGUACAUGUGUUACCCUUGCCACCACAUCUUCUGUGAGCCCUGCUUACGGACUCUUGCCAAAGACAAUCCUGCAAGCACUCCCUGCCCACUGUGUCGAACGAUUAUUUCCAGAGUCUUUUUCCAGACAGAACUCAACAAUGCCACAAAAACAUUCUUCACUAAAGAAUAUUUGAAGAUAAAGCAAAGCUUUCAGAAAUCCAGCUCUGCAAAAUGGCCCCUACCAAGCUGCAGAAGAAAAGCAUUCCAUCUUUUUGGAGGUUUCCACAGACGCGCAGCUCCGGUCACAAGGAGGCAGUUCCCACACGGCGCACACAGGAUGGACUACCUGCACUUUGAGGAUGAUAGCCGUGGCUGGUGGUUUGACAUGGACAUGGUGAUCAUCUAUAUUUAUUCAGUGAACUGGAUCAUCGGAUUCAUUGUUUUCUGCUUUCUCUGCUAUUUUUUCUUUCCGUUUUAGGAAUUUUCACACCUUACUACAGUUGAACAAUCACAGAUGAUGUAGAUAACAGUUACUUAAACAAAUUUUUUAAAUGUGCUUUGAAAUUUUUAUAAUGUAUUCUAUAAAAUGUGGGUGUUUAUAGAAAGUCUGAGCAUAAAUAACUUAUUAAUGUUUUUUAUGUAACAAACUAAACUAUCUAACGCUUAGCAAGAAUGCACUAUUAAUUUCAUAGUUCUUCAUUUAGGAUUUGUGGGCUCUAAUUUUACAGUGUCAUUUUUAUACUUAUCUUCAUUGUAAAAACUGAGAUUUUCCUCCACUUAAAAAUAGUAAAAAUACAAAAUGAAAUGAUAAAUAUGGAUAGAUAUCAGAAAAAAAUAUUUAGUCACCACUUACGCUCAGGCAAAUUAUAUGCAUUAAAGAUAAACCAUAUUCUCGGGAACUAACCUAACAGGCUAAAUUCCAUUUCCAGUCAUCCCUAAUUAUGUCCCUUUCUAUUACAAAGAAACUGUCCUUUUUUUACAGACCUAAUAGUAGCUUUAGUGCAACAUUUUUAAUUAUUACAAGAACAGAAUGGUAAAUAUUUAAAGAGACUAAACCUCACCAAUAGAAACUGAGAAAUAUAUUAACACUUUUUGAAUUAUUACAGGAUUACUCACCCGAAGAUAUAAAAAAUAUACAUACUGAUUUUCAGUAGUCUAAAACAGCAAUGCAUGUCAAAAUGUAAUUAAUGAUUAAUUUAACUAUAAGGUUGUCAAAUAUAGAGUAACUGUGCAAU